CAAAGUCCAGGUCCCGGGGCGCAGCGACCGCGCGCCCGCCCCGCGGCCACUGCAGAGAGGCGCGCGCGAGGGCCGAGGCUGAUAUGGAUCUGGAAGCGGCGAGGAAUGGAACCCCCGGGUUCUCCAGGACAGCGGGCGGCGACUUUGAACUGGGCAGCAGCAGCAACCAAGAUCAAGAAAAAAUGAAGAAAGUGAGUUUGAUUGGACCAUUGACACUGUUCCGAUACUCUGAUUGGCAGGAUCAACUGUUUAUGCUACUGGGCACCAUGAUGGCCAUAGCUCAUGGGUCAGGUCUUCCCCUCAUGAUGAUCAUAUUUGGACAGAUGACAGAUAAGUUUGUUGGUCAUACUGGAAAUUUUUCCUUGCCAGUGAAUUUUUCACUGUCGGUGCUAAAUCCAGGAAGAAUUCUGGAAGAUGAAAUGACUAGAUAUGCAUAUUACUACUCAGGGUUAGGAGCGGGAGUUCUUGUGGCUGCCUAUAUACAAGUUGCAUGUUGGACUUUGGCAGCUGGCCGACAGAUUAAGAAAAUUAGGCAAAAGUUUUUUCAUGCUAUUCUACAGCAAGAAAUAGGCUGGUUUGACAUCAAUGACACGACUGAACUCAACACACGACUAACAGAUGACAUCUCCAAAAUCAGUGAAGGAAUUGGUGACAAGGUUGGAAUGUUCUUUCAAGCAAUAGCCACGUUUUUUGCAGGAUUCAUAGUGGGGUUCAUCAGAGGAUGGAAGCUCACCCUUGUGAUAUUGGCCAUCAGCCCUGUCCUGGGGCUCUCUGCAGCUGUUUGGGCAAAGAUACUCUCUGCGUUUAGUGACAAAGAACUAGCUGCAUAUGCAAAAGCGGGUGCCGUGGCUGAAGAGGCUCUGGGGGCCAUCAGGACUGUAAUAGCUUUCGGGGGCCAAAACAAAGAGCUGGAAAGGUAUCAGAAACAUUUAGAAAAUGCUAAACAAAUUGGAAUUAAAAAGGCUAUCUCAGCAAACAUUUCUAUGGGCAUUGCCUUCCUGUUAAUCUACUCAUCAUAUGCACUGGCCUUCUGGUAUGGAUCCACUCUAGUGAUAUCAAAAGAAUAUACUAUUGGAAACGCAAUGACAGUCUUCUUUUCAAUUCUAAUUGGGGCUUUCAGUGUAGGCCAGGCUGCCCCCUGCAUCGAUGCUUUUGCCAAUGCAAGAGGAGCAGCAUGUAUGAUCUUCAAUAUUAUUGAUAAUAAUCCUAAAAUUGACAGUUUUUCAGAGAGAGGACACAAACCAGACAACAUCAAAGGAAAUUUGGAGUUUAGCGAUGUUCAUUUUUCCUAUCCAUCUCGAGCUAACAUCAAGAUCCUGAAGGGACUCAACCUGAAGGUUCAGAGUGGGCAGACAGUGGCCCUUGUUGGGAACAGUGGCUGUGGGAAAAGCACAACUGUACAGCUGCUGCAGAGGCUCUAUGACCCCACAGAGGGUACGAUUAGCAUUGAUGGGCAGGAUAUUCGGAACUUUAAUGUAAGGUAUCUGAGGGAAAUAAUUGGAGUGGUGAGUCAGGAGCCAGUACUAUUUUCUACCACAAUUGCUGAAAAUAUUCGUUAUGGCCGUGGGAAUGCAACCAUGGAUGAUAUAAAGAAAGCUGUCAAAGAAGCCAAUGCCUAUGAGUUUAUCAUGAAAUUACCACAGAAAUUUGACACUCUCGUUGGAGACAGAGGGGCCCAGCUGAGUGGUGGACAAAAACAGAGAAUUGCCAUUGCCCGUGCCCUGGUUCGCAACCCCAAGAUCCUCCUGCUGGAUGAGGCCACUUCAGCCCUGGACACAGAGAGUGAAGCUGAGGUCCAGGCAGCUCUGGAUAAGGCUAGAGAAGGGCGGACCACCAUUGUGAUAGCGCAUCGACUGUCUACAGUCCGAAAUGCUGAUGUCAUCGCCGGGUUUGAGGAUGGAGUCAUUGUGGAGCAGGGAAGUCACAGUGAACUGAUGAAGAAGGAAGGAGUCUACUUCAAACUUGUUAACAUGCAGACAUCAGGAAACAAGAUCAUGUCAAAAGAAUUUGAAGUUGAAUUAAAUGAAGAAAAAGCUACUAGUUGCAUGGCUCCAAAUGGUUGGAAAUCUCACAUAUUUAGAAAUUCCACUAAAAAAAGCCUUACAAAUUUACGAAAUCAUCGGAAUAGGCUUGAUGCAGAAAGCAAUGAAGUUGAUGCAAAUGUGCCACCAGUAUCUUUUCUGAAGGUCCUGAAACUGAAUCAAACAGAAUGGCCCUACUUUGUCGUGGGAACCAUCUGUGCCAUUGCCAAUGGAGCACUGCAGCCAGCGUUUUCCAUCCUCUUGUCAGAGAUGAUAGCUAUCUUCGGGCCAGGAGAUGACACCAUGAAACAGCAGAAGUGUAACAUGUUCUCAUUGCUUCUGCUGGGUCUGGGGAUUCUUUCCUUUUUCACUUUCUUCCUUCAGGGCUUCACAUUUGGGAAAGCUGGUGAGAUUCUUACUACCAGGCUGAGGUCAAUGGCCUUUAAAGCGAUGCUGAGGCAGGACAUGAGCUGGUUUGAUGAUCAUAAAAAUAGUACUGGUGCACUUUCUACCAGACUCGCCACAGAUGCUGCCCAAGUCCAAGGGGCCACAGGAACCAGGUUGGCUUUAGUUGCACAGAACAUAGCCAACCUUGGGACUGGUAUUAUUAUAUCACUUAUCUACGGUUGGCAACUAACCCUUUUGCUAUUAUCAGUUGUUCCAUUUAUUGCUGUAUCAGGAAUUGUUGAGAUGAAAAUGUUGGCUGGAAAUGCCAAAAGAGACAAAAAAGAACUGGAAGCUGCUGGAAAGAUUGCAACAGAGGCAAUAGAAAAUAUUAGAACUGUUGUAUCCUUGACACAAGAAAGCAAAUUUGAAUCAAUGUAUGUUGAAAAACUAUAUGGGCCUUACAGGAAUUCAGUAAGAAAGGCACAUAUCUACGGAAUUACGUUCAGCAUCUCACAAGCAUUCAUGUACUUUUCCUAUGCUGGUUGUUUUCGAUUUGGUGCUUAUCUUAUUGUGAAUGGACAUAUGCUCUUCAAAGAUGUUAUUCUGGUGUUCUCAGCGAUUGUGUUCGGUGCAGUGGCUCUAGGGCAUGCUAGUUCAUUUGCUCCAGACUACACUAAAGCCAAGCUGUCUGCAGCCCACUUGUUCUGCCUGUUUGAGAGACAGCCUUUGAUUGACAGCUACAGUAGAGAGGGUGUAUGGCCUGAUAAGUUUGAAGGAAGUGUGACAUUUAAUGAAGUCAUGUUCAACUAUCCCACUCGGCCAAACGUGCCAGUGCUUCAGGGGCUGAGUCUCGAGGUGAAGAAGGGUCAGACGCUGGCCCUGGUGGGCAGCAGUGGCUGUGGAAAGAGCACAGUGGUCCAGCUCCUUGAGAGGUUCUAUGACCCCCUGGGUGGAAGAGUGCUCAUAGAUGGUCAGGAAGCAAAGCAACUGAAUGUGCAGUGGCUCCGAGCACAACUGGGUAUCGUGUCCCAGGAGCCCAUCCUGUUUGACUGCAGCAUCAGCGAGAACAUCGCCUAUGGAGACAACAGCAGGGUCGUGUCGCAUGAUGAGAUCGUGAGAGCAGCCAAAGCUGCCAACAUACACUCUUUCAUCGAGACAUUACCCCAUAAAUAUGAAACAAGAGUGGGAGAUAAAGGGACACAGCUCUCAGGAGGUCAAAAGCAGAGGAUUGCUAUUGCACGGGCCCUCAUCAGAAAACCCCAAAUCCUGCUGCUGGAUGAAGCUACAUCAGCUCUGGACACUGAAAGUGAAAAGGUUGUUCAGGAAGCCCUGGAUAAAGCCAGAGAAGGCCGCACCUGCAUUGUGAUUGCUCACCGUCUGUCCACCAUCCAGAAUGCAGACCUAAUAGUGGUGAUUCAGAAUGGCAAGGUCAAGGAGCAUGGCACCCACCAACAGUUGCUGGCACAGAAAGGCAUCUACUUCUCAAUGGUCAGCGUCCAAGCUGGCACAGAGAAUUUAUAAACUCUUAUUAUAGUGUUAUCUUAAAAUAAAUAAAAUCAUUCACAAAUUUUGCUUGUAAAA